UCCUACAUAAAUCUGAUACCUGAAUCCCGGUAUGAGUAGUUAGCUUCAGGGAACCAAGGGCCUGAAGCCGACGCACAUCCCCCGUCGCACCUGUCGGCAGAGAGCUUAUCGCACCCAAACGGGCUGGUACGCUUCAGUUUGAACUGCUUCAGAAUAUUGCAGCAGGUGGUUGUGAGAUUCCGAGCGCCUUAGGCAACACUCACCAUAAGAUGCGGCGCUUCCGUGGAGUAUGCCUCCUUUUGGUCCUCCUUUGGUGCACCCUGGCAGCUGGCGCACCGUCUGGCUACAGUCGCGUUCUAAGUAACAAAUUUGUCAGCGGGAUCCUACCCACAUCGGCUGCUUCGCGACCCAAAAAUUCAGGAGAAAGUUCUUCGUCAUACCUCGAUUUCCUCGCAUCGGAAUGCAACAUAUUUUCUUGGUGCCAGUCUUUCAGUCUUGAUACAAGUGACUACUCCGGAUUGUACUGGACCCUGGUAUAUGGUGACAACACCCACAUAACUAGCUCUACGGGCGUAUAUCUGUACUACAAGGAUCCCAGCCCCCCAAGCCCCCCUUCAAAGCCAGCUCCCCCCAAGCCGUCUCCCUUCCCUGCUCCACCCAGUCCUCCUCCCUCGCCACCGAAUCUUCCGCCACCUCCACUACCUCCUUCUCCUCCCCCAACACCCAGUCCACCCAGCCCUAGUCCACCCAGCCCCAGUCCCCCAAGCCCACCCAGCCCCAGUCCUCCCAGCCCGAGUCCUCCAAGCCCCAAUUCCCCAAGCCCAAGUCCUCCCAGCCCAAGUCCUCCCAGCCCAAGUCCUCCCAGCCCAAGUCCUCCCAGCCCAAGUCCUCCCAGCCCAAGUCCUCCCAGCCCAAG